AUGGAUGAUGACUCUCCUCGUGAUACAAAUAUGGAUGAUGACUCUCCUUGUGACACUGAUAUGGAUGAUGACUCUCCUCGUGAUACAAAUAUGGAUGAUGACUCUCCUUGUGACACUGAUAUGGAUGAUGACUCUCCUCGUGAUACAAAUAUGGAUGAUGAGACUCCUUGUGACACAGAUCUGGAUGAUGACUCUCCUUGUGACACAGAUCUGGAUGAUGACUCUCCUUGUGACACAGAUGUGGAUGAUGACUCUCCUUGUGACACAGAUGUGGACGAUGACUCUCCUUGUGACACAGAGGUGGACGAUGACUCUCCUUGUGACACAGAUAUGAAUGAUGACUCUUUGUGA